AUGUUGGAAUUUUUCUAUACUGGAAUGGUUUCUGAUGAUAGAAUGAAAGACCAUGUUGAUGGUAUUUUUGUUAUUGCCCAUAAAUAUGAAGUAAAAAUGUUGAAAUAUUUGUGUGAACGUUUUAUGUCUAGCAAUAUUAAUAAUGAAAACAUUGUUAAAUAUUGUGGGAUUAUUGACUUAUAUGGUGCUCCAACUUUGGAGAAGACAUGUAUAAAUUAUAUUCAAGCAAAUAAAAGGAACUUUUUAAAGAGUAACGAAUGGGAAGAAAUUAAAAAUAAUUAUUUAAGUUUGGUUCCUCGAUUGUUAGAACCUAUUAUUUUGAAGGAUUAG